ACGUGAGACCCCGUACGGGGGAAGCGCAAAAGACCUCGCCGCCGCAGCGCGUCUGGACGGAAGGAGGAUCGGAACGGAACAGAACAGCAAAGCCUCUCUCCAGUUUACUUUGGGUUCGUUCCUCCGGCGGCCGCCUGCAAGGAGCCCGGCGCCAGGGCCAAGGCCGGAUUGGAUGGCUCAUGCCGCCGACGCGAGGUCGCGCUGCGUCGUCGCGCUGCUCUUCGCCGUCGCCGUCUUCCUCGCCUGCUUGCCGCCCGCCGCCACCGCCUCCUCGUCUUCCCGGUCAGCGGCGGCGGCAUUGCAACGAGUCGAGAUGGCGGCCGUGUACACCCCGCAGGACCUGCAGGAGAAGCCGGAUGUGACCAAGGACGCCGAGGAGGACGUGAGCACGACGGGGUUCGGCGCGGAGGAGGAGAGGGAGGUGCCCACCGGGCCGGACCCCAUCCACCACCACGGCAGGGGACCCAGGCGCCGGCAGUCGCCCUGAUCUCGCGCGCGGCGGGGCAGGUGGAGGAUGCUUCCGUGAGUCGGUUCAUCCAGCGUGAGUGAGCCAUGUAUCAAGAACCAGAUUCUGAUAUGUCCUAUGCAUGGGUGCUCUGUUGAAUCUGCACAUUGGAUUCUGAUUCCAUUGUUGUUGUAGGCUACUAAUCAAAGGAACAGGGGAAGAGCUACAAUUCAUAAUAAGGGUUGUACAAUGAGCUGUUCUUCCCCUAAACAAACUUAUUUCUUAUUCUUAGUUUUGUUA